AUGAUCUUCCCAAAGUCCAUCAUCCUUGCUAUUGCAGCCCUUGUUGCUCCAACCGUGAAUGGCUUCCAAAUCGCCAAGCCAUCUGUUGCUUUCCGUACUGCUGGACAACAAGUCGUCUCCUCCACGUGUCUGUAUGUCGAAGAAGAGGGCGAAGCUGGGACUGAGGCCGAACAAGCCAGCGAUAACUCUGCUGGAGGCACUGAUAUUUUGAACUCUCCUGAAUUCUUGAAAAGAAAGCUUGAUGUCAUCAAGAGCGAUAUCGCACAAGCCGAAGCAGACAUUGCAGUUGCCAAGGAACAAGUUGAAGCAGGAAAGGCUGAAUGGGGACCCCAAUUGGAGGAUCUUGAAAGAGAGUACAAGAACAUACAAGAGAGAAUGUCAUCUCAAACUGGUCAGCACAAUGAUAUGGCAAUCACGAUGGUAGUCAGAGAAAUGUUGGAAUUGUUGGACAACUUUGACCGUGCCUUUGGUGUCAUCAAGCCAGAAAAUGACGAAGAAGCCGCUAUUGAAGCCGAAUACAAGGAACUCUACCAAUCAGUUCUUGACAAAUUCACCUCACUUGGGGUAGAAAUAGUUGCAACAGUAGGCACAGAGUUCGACUAUGAAGUCCACCAAGCCAUUAUGCAACGGCCGAGUGAGGAUCACGAAGAAGGAAUUGUGUGUGAAGAGUUCGCAAAGGGAUUCAAGAUGGGUGAUACUUUGAUUCGGGCUGCCAUGGUUGCUGUUGCAGCAUAG